AUGCUCCAGAUCAUGCUUCUUGCUCCGUCGAACGCGACCGACUGGUCUUCUCGGGUCAAAUGCAUCAUAUUUGACGAGAUUCACUGCAUUGGCCAGGCCGAUGACGGGGUUGUGUGGGAACAGUUACUUCUUCUUGCUCCUUGUCCUAUCAUCGCACUUUCUGCCACAGUCGGCAAUCCAAGAGAAUUCAAUGCCUGGCUCAGCAAGACUCAGGAGAACAACGGUAUCCGAGUCGAGAUGAUAGAGCAUCGGCACCGCUACUCAGAUCUACGAAAGUGUGUCUAUGAUCCACGAACAAAGCUCCUGUUGAAGGGCAAGCUUAGUCGAUCGCUCGAGAGGGAUACCCGAUGGUUUGACUCUCGAACCGCGAGAUUGCUGGACGCUGUGGAAUGCCAUGAUGAAGCAUCAAACAGAUGCAUUCCCCUUGAUGAACAACUAGACCCUUCCAAAUGUCUACCGCCAAUCCUACGCCAAGUCGACAUUAUCGAGUGGGAAGCCAAGCUGAAGGCACUUCUGGAGGUUUUGGUUGACGAUCACAAAUCACCUUUUGAAAUGGUGUUCACAGAACUGGAGCAAUCCGCAAGGAGCGCACAGCGACCAGAGUUACAGAUAUCCUCGGGUAAACUGAACGAGAGCGAGCCUCCACGUUUGGUUCGGGACGCAGACUGCUUCGACACCACGCUCCUGCUUAUUUGUUCGCUUCAUGACGAAGGAGCUCUUCCAGCAUUAUUCUUCAAUUUCGACCGGGAUGCGUGUGAGCGUGUCGGUAAACGUCUCCUGGGGGAGUUGCAGGACGCAGAAGCUCGCUGGAAAGAAUCCAGCAAAGCUCGGAAGUCCAAAAUCGAUAAGUGGGAAGGCUGGAAGCAGAACCAGGGAAAACAGGCUAGGAAGAAAGUGCCCAAGAAGACCAAGAAGAGAAAUGCCGACGACGAGCCCACGACCAGGACCGAGCGACAUUAUGAAUCUUUCGAUCCAAACGAUCCGGUUGAUGGAUUCCAUCUUGCAAACGCGCAGAAACUCACUCCUUUGGAGUUUCAGCAGUACGUUGAUGAGCUCGAGGCACAUUCUGUGUCUGACUGGCUGAUCGACGCUCUGAAGCGAGGCGUCGGUGUGCAUCACGCAGGAAUGAACCGCAAAUAUCGUCAAGUGUGCGAGAUUUUAUUCCGCAAGGGGUACUUGCGUGUAGUGAUAGCCACUGGUGCGCUGGCCCUGGGUGCCAACAUGCCCUGCAAGACCGUCGUCUUCUCAGGAGACUCGAUUUUCCUGACGACUCUCAACUUUCGCCAGGCGGCCGGUCGAGCCAGACGUCAAGGGCUUCAUGUCUCGGGAAAUGUAGUCUUCCAGGGAGUAUCGUAUUCAAAGGUCUGCCGCCUGCUCAACUCAAGGCUCCCAAACCUGAACGGUCACUUUCCAAUCACGACUGACCUGGUGUUGCGGCUUUUCAACUUGCUGCAUGAAUCGAAACACGCAGCAUAUGCUGUUAAGGCAAUCAAUUCGAUCCUCUCAUGCCCCCGCAUCUAUCUGGAUGGCCCAGAGUCGAAGUAUACUGUCCCGCAUCAUCUGUGGUUCUCUAUCGAAUAUCUUCUCCGCAACCACAUGUUGGAUGCUUCGGGUGCCCCUCUUAAUUUCACAGGUUGCGCGUCUCACUUGUAUUCCACUGGAAAUGCAAGCUUUGCCUUCCACGCGUUGCUCAAAAGUGGAUAUCUUAAGAAGCUUUGUGGAGACAUUCUUAUCAGACCUAAGCAAGUUCUGCUCGCUCUGAUGCUUGUCAUGUCGCACCUCUUCGGACGCCAGUAUCUGAGACAGUCUGUUUUGGAGUCGCUCGGCGCGGGAACACGGUGGUCGUCAUCGGUGGUCGUCCUCCCCCCUCCGCCAAAACGAGAAGCGAGCAUCCUGUUGGACCACAACGAUCAAACGCUAGACACUUAUGCCGCGUAUGUGUCACCUUACAUCGACCAACACGUCAAAGAAGUUGACCACGAUCUGCCCCUCACUGGGAUGAAAUGCGGCGGAGACAAACCAUUACACGAGAUUGGAUUGUCGAUAUCUGCUCUCCCCCCUGUGCGCGUUAAUUCUGCUUUCAUUGCCCUUUCACGCCAUAGAGACGAGUGGAAGACUGUGUCCGACCUUUGCAAGACGGUUCGCAGUCUAGAGGAGGCUGCAGUUCCCUGCGUGGGAACCUAUCCAAACGAGAGCACUGCACUCUUGAACGCAUACCUCUACGACUUCUUCAAACACGGCAACGUGGUUGCCCUCGAGAAGGAGAAUGGCAUCCGUACAGGAGACAUCUGGUUUGUACUCGAUGACUUCUCGCUUGUCCUCGCGACUAUUGUGACUAGUCUAGAGAACUUUCUGAAGCUCUCCCUAUCGACUGGAAACGAGAUGUCGGACAUCAUGGGCUGCGGUGAUAUGCACGAGUCAGAACUUGAUGACAGAGUUCUGGAGGGUGACUUGGGCAAUAAGAGCGUUCCCAAUUCUCGGGUGCUGCCGAGUCGCGAGAUGAUAAAGAAAGACUCGGCCACUGCCACAGCGACAUCUCGUCCCAGGAAGAAAAAGACGGCUGAUAGCUGGGAUGAGGAUAUGAGCGACGAUAUGGCCGGAACCAACGGCGCGGUUCCUGAAACCAUCGGUGAGGCGGUCAAAGCAGCCAAAAUGGAGAAGAAGCGUCAUGCAGUUGAUAAGAAGAAACUGCAGAAGGAGGUGAAAGCUGAGAGCGAGGUGUCGGAGCCUGGAGGUGACCUGUCAUGGAAGGUUUUGAAGGCGUUUACCAUGCUCCAAGCUGAGUUCAAUCAGAAGUUCAAGCGAAUGUGGGCAUAA